GAUCCGACUUGGACUCCGGCUUGGACAAGAAGAUGGAUCUUUGGUCAAGUGACAAGAACUCUCAAGUUCAAGAAGGGGAACUUCCAUCAUUGUUGGCGCCUUUGCAAUUGGAGGCCAGCUUGGCAUGUGUGUUGUCUUAGUGAGAUUCGAGCACAAGGUGCUAGUUGGAAGUAACCAGACCAAUUGACACAUUUGGAUGUUUACUGGCAAUCCUGAUUACACAGCGCUAGGGCUGCAUUCACAGCUCAUCAAGGUCGCAUGAUCACCUUGGGUUGACCAUCGGCAGCAAAGUUCUUGUGAGUAAUAAGCAAGUGCCACCUGUAUCAGAUUGGCUAGGAGCUGUAGCUGACAGAGAAAAAAGUGGUGCAGCUCCGGGGUUGACCCAAAAUGGCAUCUCAGUCCGUUUGCAUCAACCUGCAGUCGCCUGCGCUAAGCACAUUCCAGGGCGCCCACAAAGUUGCAAAGACUGUUCAGACGAGGGCGCAUUCAUCUGCUGGGGUGCACUGUUGCGGGGCCGAAUGCAGUCAGCACAGGUUGAGUAGCUUGCGGCAGGAGCGGAGAAGGACAAAUGUGGCACACGCAUUGACUCCAAAAACGGAUGGGUUCUUGGGAAGAGCGCUCGAGUCUUUGACUCACGAUCCCAUCAGAAGGUCACCAGCACCAAGGAACAGCUCAUGUCGAGCUGCUGUGGGUUCGUCCACUGCCACCAGUCCCGUGAUUGACGUCGAAGGAGUUGUCAAACCGAUCAAGUUGAUUGUCCUCGGCGGCAACGGCUUCGUCGGCUCCCACGUGGUCAGGGCGGCGAUCGAGAAGGGGUACGAAGUCACGAGCAUAAACAGGUCGGGGCGGCCCACAGUGGCCGAAGCCUGGGUCUACAAUGCGCAGUGGAUCACGGCCGACGUCUUUUCCGCGGACCUCGAGAGCUACUUCGCGGGCGCGUCCGCCGUAAUGUCCUGCCUCGGCGGCUUCGGCACCAACGAGCAGAUGGAGCGCAUCUGCGGCGACGCCACCGUGCGCGCCGCCGAGGCCGCCAAGAACGCAGGCGUCCCGCGCUUCAUCUUCGUCAGCGUGCAUGAUUACAAUCUGCCGUCCGGGGUAAAGGACAGCAUCGGAUACUUCGUGGGCAAGAAGAAGGCGGAGGCGCGAAUCGCGGAGCUCUACCCGGGUUCUGGCGUCAUUCUGCGGCCGGGUUUCAUCUACGGCUCCCGACGAGUCCCCCAGGCGAACAACGUCAGCAUUCCGCUGACGCCGGUGGGCGCCGCCGUAGAAAAAAGUUUGUCCAUUUUGCCGGACGCGCUGACGGACGCUCUCUGUAGAAUCCCGGGUUCGGACGUCCUGAUCGCGCCGCCGGUCGACGUGGAAGACGUGGCACGGGCCGCCGUUGAGGCCGUGAGGGAUGAAAGUACUCCGGGCGUGCUGGACAUCAAAGCGAUCAAACGGAUUGCUUCGAGCUCUCAACGAUGAGACACACGUCUUUGUUCCUGACCGCAUAUACGGAGAGGAAGGAAUGCUCAGUCAGUGGACCGAAAGGGUCCCCGUCAAGAAGACGCGUGCAUUACGGUUCCGCUCUGAACAUAUAAAGAAGGCCUUUCAGGAAAGCGCUGAUUCGACGCUCCAAGAACUCGUGCGCGUCUUGUUUUCGAGGCGCCUGCAAAACACACUUCUUUUGCAGUGCAAUUGCAGUGUGCAAUUGCAGUGCCCAUGAUCUGCAGCCAAUUAAGACAACGUCUACGAGCUUGCCGUCCACGUUAGGUAAAGUCAAGUUGGGUGGAAGGUGUGUUUCAAAUUCAACACACCCUAAAGCCUGAAAAUGCUUGCAGCAAUACUCCGCCCACAUGAAGUUCAGCGCUCUAGUCGUACAACAAAUUGACUGUAAAUCAAUCUCGG